AUGACAGUGGCGGGUGCACGGGUGGCGGCGGCUCGAUUCCUCGCCGCCUUUUUAGUGGCCGCUCUGGGCCGCCCCGCUCUGCUGGGAGUGGGCGCCACCUUGAACUCCGUGCUGGUCAAUUCCAAUGCGAUCAAGAACCUGCCCCCGCCGCUGGGUGGCGGGGCCGGCCACCCCGGCUCAGCCGUCAGCGUGGCGCCCGGAGUGCCAUACGAAGGCGGGAACAAGUACCAGACCCUUGACAACUACCAGCCGUACCCCUGCGCCGACGACGAGGAGUGCGGCUCGGAGGAGUACUGCGCCAGCCCGCUCCGCGGAGGGGGCGCGGGCGUGCAGAUCUGCCUGGCGUGCAGGAAGCGGAGGAAACGCUGCAUGCGCCACGCCAUGUGCUGCCCCGGGAAUUACUGCAAAAACGGGAUAUGUAUGCCUUCUGACCACAGUCAUUUCCAUCGAGGAGAAAUUGAGGAAACCAUCAUUGAAAGCUUUGGUAAUGAUCAUGGCACCUUAGAUGGCUAUGCCAGGAGGACCACACUGUCUUCAAAAAUAUACCACACCAAAGGUCAAGAAGGUUCUGUUUGCCUGCGAUCCUCAGACUGUGCCACCGGAUUGUGUUGCGCUAGACAUUUCUGGUCCAAAAUCUGCAAACCUGUCCUCAAAGAAGGUCAGGUGUGCACCAAGCAUAGGCGAAAAGGUUCCCACGGACUGGAGAUAUUCCAACGCUGCUACUGUGGGGAAGGCCUGUCUUGCCGGAUACAGAAAGAUCAUCAUCAAGCCAGUAAUUCCUCCAGGCUUCAUACCUGUCAGAGACACUAACGCAGCUGUCCGAAUGUAGUGGACUCCUUUUAUAUAAUAUAUGCUAUGAAAAUCUUUUAUGACUUUUAUCAGUUCAAGCCUGAGAAUGUACCCAUUUUGUGGUGAUAGUUUAAGCAUUCCGACAAUACCUUUCAAAAAUCUGGAGUGUAAGACCUUCGUUUCUUUAAGGAACUCCUUGUGAUUGCAGUAAAUUACUGUGUUGUAAAUUCUCCAUGUGGCACUUACCUGUAAAUGCAACAAAACUUUUAAUUAUUUUCCUCCAGAGAGGUGCUGCAUUGUCUCUUCUUUUUCUUGUUAUGUAAAUUUUUGUACACAUUGAUUGUUAUCUUAACUCUGAUAUUCUAUAUUGACUUGAAAUAAAUAAUUUCAGCUUAUA